UGGAAUGUUCACACUCGGAUCCUACUUACUGGAACUCCUUUACAAAACAACCUUAGAGAGCUUUAUGCACUUCUGAGUUUUGUCAACAGUUCAAAGUUCAAACUCUCCAAAGUAGAUGAAUUUGUGGAUAGGUUUUCAAUGGAAAAUGAAGAUAUGAGUGAACUUCACAGUCUGUUUCAUAUAACUUCUAGACUUGCUGUCCUGUUACCAUGCCUAUCUUUACAGAAGAAACUCUACAAAGCUAUACUGACCAAAAGAUAUGAAAUGUUUGAAAAUGGCACAGGUUCCAGUCAUGCACGCUUGUUGAAUAUUUUGAUGCAGCUACGCAAGUGUGUAAACCAUCCUUAUCUGUUUGAUGGUGUGGAACCAGAACCAUUUGAGCUCGGAGAACACUUGGUGGAAGCCAGCCACAAGCUGACCCUUAUUGACCGCCUGCUAGCAUUCCUGAAAGAAGGAGGUCAUAAAGUCCUGAUGUUUUCUCAGAUGUCUCGUAUGUUGGACAUCCUCCAGGAUUAUCUGGGUUACAGGGGAUAUUUUUAUGAGCGCCUUGAUGGGUCAGUUAGAGGGGAGGAAAGAUUUCUUGCUGUGCAGAACUUUAAUGCAAAUGAUGAAACAUUUGUAUUUCUUCUCAGUACAAAGGCUGGAGGUCAAGGGUUAAAUUUAACGUCAGCCGACACUGUGAUCUUUGUGGACAGUGACUUUAACCCACAGAAUGACUUGCAGGCGGCAGCCAGGGCACACCGGAUUGGACAAGAGAGGCCGGUGAAGAUGAUACGUUUGGUUGGAAGGAACACUGUGGAAGAGAUCAUUUUGCACAGAGCACAAGCGAAACUCAGUCUGACAGAAAAAGUCAUUGAAAGUGGGAACUUCACUACUUCAUCCAGCAGCAUCAACAAAACUCUUUUCCAGUCGACAGGCCAGGUUACAUAUGAAAGUAAAGACAAACAUCAAAUCCUUGAAAAGAAUGAUGAGGUAUGUAAAAUGCAUGUUUUUCCUUCUUUGUUACUAUUGUUUGCAACUAGUUCUGAAGAUGACAAGGAGAAGCCAGCUCAGAGUAUAUAUGUCUUUGAAGGGACAGAUUACUCUAAAGCACCCUCCACAGCAGACGUCAAGGCAUUUGAGCAGCUGGUGUUAGCUGAGAAAGAAGCAUUGCAAAGUGAGCCAUCAAGAGAGAGAGCCCUUAGAACAACAACUAGCUCAACAGCGAUUUCUCUUAACCUCCCUCAAAGAAAACCUCGAAGGCAGUUGACUCCAGAAGAACUUGAAGAGAGAAGGAAGAAGAGACAAGAAGCUGCAGAGAAGAAAGCACUUCUGGCCGAAGAGCAGCAACUUGCUAAAGCUCAAGCACAAAGAAAGAAAAGGGAAGCUUUGUGGAAAACAAAUAAAUACACAUCUUCCAACAUCAUUCUAGACAGUGAAGGAGAGGAGGAAGAAGAUGAAGAUAGUGAAUUCAUCACACUGGAUGAUGAAGAUGGUAGCGAUGAGGAAGCAGCUGGCCAAGGAAAGAAGUUGACCUUAAGACAUGUGAUAGGAGAUGUGACCCAUCCUGUAGAUGCUUCAACAGAUGAUAAUAUCAUAGUCCACUGUGUAGAUGAUUCAGGAAGUUGGGGCCAGGGUGGUUUGUUCUCUGCCAUCUCUGCUAGAUCUUCACAACCAGAAACCCGGUAUGAGCUUGCUGGGAAAAUGAAAGAUCUUGCUCUUGGAGAUUGCCAUCUGAUUCCAUUUGAUGAUAUUGAAAGCCGGGAAGAAGGUCAUGACUGGACAGGCGCAAGCAAUAAACUUUCUGGAAUCAAACUCCAAGCCCUCAAACUUGGGCUGCAAAAGUUUAUAAGGCUGCCAGUGACAAGAAAGGUAGUCACUAGCGUCCAUCUACCUCGUAUUGGCCAUGACACACCUGGUUUCAACUGGUAUGGCACUGAGAGACUUCUACACAAACAUCUGGCAGCAAAAGGCAUUCCAACUUACAUCUAUUAUUUUCCAAGAAAACAGGCACAAAAAAGAAAAAAUGGAAAUGUAACCAUUCAUACUUCAAAAGUUCAUAAAGGUAACACUUCAGCAGCAGUGGUUGCAACAUCUUCCAGCUCUUCAUUGCCAACAACAUCACACAACAUUACAGCAGCCGCCGCAGCUGUUUCAACAAAACUCCCAGCCCUGUUCUCUGGUGUGGCUGUGUACUUCUACAACAUUUCAGAGGAGAUCCAGAAGAAACUGAAAAGAUUUCUGAUUGCAUAUCCUUUUGACCUUAACAUUUUAACUUACGAUGGUGAUGUGGAAAAACGCCUGAGUCACUCAACAACACAUCUGGUGACUGAUGCCAACACCAGCAAACUAGAGUUGAAUGACUUAAUCAGAGAUGUCAAGUGUCGUGUGGUUACACCAAACUGGCUGGAAGAUUGUGUCAGCAAGGGCAGAUUACUCCCAACAGAAGAUUAUCUCAUUCCAUUAGCCUAG